AGAGGAUGUAUGCUUCAAAUGCUACUGCGAAACACAUGACGUGGCAUGUUGAGCACGAAACCAAAGAGGGUUUGAUGUCUCACCCUUCCGACUGUGAAGCUUGGAGACACUUUGACCGUUGUCAUCCUCAGUUUGCAAUGGAGCCACGGAAUGUGCGACUGGGAUUGUGUUCAGACGGAUUUGCUGCUUUUGGAAAGUUUGGGAAGAAAUUUUCAUGUUGGCCAGUCAUGCUAACUCCUUAUAAUCUUCCUCCCGACAUGUGCAUGAAAAGUCAUUUCAUCUUUUUAACUUUAAUUUGUCCAGGUCCCUCGGAUCCUAAAAAAAGGAUAGACAUCUAUCUCCAACCCCUAAUCGAGGAGAUGAAAGAACUUUGGGCCAUUGGGACACCAACUUAUUAUGUUUCAAGAGAUCAAAUGUUUAUCAUGAAAUCUGCCAUCAUUUGGACCAUUAGCGACUUCCCUGCUUAUGGUAUGCUUUCAGGAUGGAGCACACACGGUCUUAUGGGAUGUCCGAUAUGUAUGGAGAAAUCAGAUGCCAAUUGGCUCAAAUUUAGCGGGAAACCAAGUUACUUUGAUUGUCACCGCAAGUUUCUGCCUAUGAACCAUCUAUAUCGAAAGGACAAGAAGUCUUUUAUUGCCGGAAGAGUGGUACGAGAUCCCCCUCCUCCAAGACUUACAGGUGAACAAGUUUUUAACCGGGUUCGACAUUUUCCUACGGCCGUGCAGCAACCCCACGGGGAGCCAAAUGGGUAUUGUGAUACCCAUAAGUGGACAAAGAGGAGUAUAUUUUGGGAGUUGCCGUAUUGGAAGGACAUUCUCAUUCGUAACAAUUUAGAUGUCAUGCACGUUGAGAAGAACGUCUUUGACAAUAUAUUUAACACGAUUAUGGAUUUUACCCAUAAAACCAAAGAUGGUCUUGCAUCUAGAAAAGACAUGACAAUUUGGUGCGACAGACCCGAACUCGCCGUCGAUCUAGAAUAUGUGGGUAAAAAAAUUCCAAGAGCAGUCUACCAACUCACAGCCCCACAAAGGGAAUCAAUAUUAGAGUGGCUUGUUUCUCUGAACUUUCCAGAUGGCUAUUGUUCUAACUUGUCAAGAUGCGUGGACCUGGACAAACAAACAAUGACGUCGAGCAUGAAAACUCAUGAUGCUCAUGUAAUCAUGCAACGACUUCUGCCGAUUGCACUGAAAGAGAUGCUUCCUGCAGACGUCUGGGGCUGUAUUACCGAAAUCAGUCAAUUGUUUCAGUCGAUAUGUUCCGCCGUUUUGGAUGCCGAAUCCCUGAGGAGACUAGAAGACACUGUUCCUAUUCUGAUGUGUAAUCUGGAAAAGAUACUGCCCCCAUCAUUUUUUGAUGUAAUGGAACAUCUUCUAAUACAUCUUCCGUAUGAGGCGUUGAAUGGAGGGCCCGUCUUCUAUCGUUGGAUGUACAGAUUUGAAAGAUUUCUGGGAGAUUUGAAAAAGAAAGCGACCAACAAGGCACACAUUGAGGCUUCAAUUUGUCAAGCAUAUAUUCAACAAGAAACCUCAACGUUUUCAUCUUUUUAUUUUGAGCGUGAAGUCAUCAGUAAAAGAAAGAGACCUGCUCGGAACGAUGACAUUGGUGAGGAUUCAUAUGAUAAAGUAGUUUCUAUUUUCAACUACCCAGGUAGAGGUAAAGGAGCUGCGACUUACCGUUACAUCGUGGGCGGAGAAAUGAAAAUUGCACAUACUUACAUCCUCAUGAAUUGUCCAGAAAUCUUACCAUUUUAUAAUGAAUUUAGAGCGUCUUUAUCAGCAUUUCCUGAUGAUGCAAUUGAUGCAAUGGUGGACUCUGACUUUGCAUUAUGGUACCAACAGCAG